UAGUAGUAACGUGAAAGCCGGUUAAAUGAAGGUUUAAUGGAUUUAAUAAAGUUUCACAUUUAUGAUUUAUUUCUCGUAUUGUAGAUAAAGAAACAAGGAAACGUUUGAAAAAUAAUUAGCAGAAGAAAACAUAAAUAAAAUGGAUUCUUCCAUAACUCCUGCAUUAAAUGUUCUUGAUCCAGAUGAUAGAUUGAUGAAGAAAUUUCAAACAACACUUCAUACACAUCUAUCGCGUCUUAAUAAUAAGCUUUCUGAAGAAAUCUUGGAUCUCGAGGCAUCACUAAAACAGACUGAAAAAGAGCUGCAGUCAGAAGGUACACAACUUUAUCUGACUCAGCAAGAAGUUGAACAUCAACAUGUAACAAUAAAACAAUAUAAUGAAGCAUUAACAAAACUAACAUUAAUGAGAGAAAAGAAAAAUCAUACUAUAGAAGAUGCUAAACAAGUUUUAGAAGACAAUAAUUCUAAAUUAAAAGAAGAACAAAAUAGAAAGGAAAAACUUACCAGAGAAUUACAAAAUUUGUCUAAUUUCCAUAAUUGUUUAUCUAAGUGGGAAAAAGAUUUGAAUGAUUAUCUACUUAUAUCGAAACAAAUAACAUUACAAGAUGCUAAUAAAAAGAAACUAUUAAUUAACGAAAAACAACAAAGAGAUUUUAUUUUACAUAAACUGAAAGAAGAAGUAUGGAAAAUUGAAUCAGAAAUAGCAUACUUAGAUGAGCAGUUACAAAUUAAAAAUAAAGAAAAAGAAGAUGCUAAUAAAAUGAUAAUUUAUGCAAAUACAGAUUUGGAAACUUUACAUAGAAAACACAAAGAUUUACAUGGUAUAUGGAACUCUGUAGUAAAUAGUAUUUUGAAACGGAAUGAUGCUUAUGACCAGUUGCAUAUUGAACAGGAAGAAGCACAUAAGUCUUAUAAUGUACUUCUAUCAGAAAUUCAAAAGAUUAAGAAAGAAACAGAAAAAGAAAUGGAAAUUAAUGAACAUUUAACAUCUUUAUCUUUUCGUUUACAAAAUAAUAUUAAAACUAAAUAUCAAAAGUAUUUGAAUGAAGAAGAACAAGUUAGUAAAAAACUAGAGGCAGUUUUCGAAAAAAAAAAGUAUUUAGAAGACACAAUAUGUAAAAAAUUGGAAGAAAAGAUUAUAAGCAAUAAAACAGCGAAAUAUAUAACUGAAUUGUUAAUAAAUGCAAAAAAUUCGGUGUUAGAUUCUGAAAUUUUAGUUGCUCGUAUAGAAAAUACAUACGGAAAUGAUCUUUUAGAAUUAGAAAAACUAUCAAAUCUUGUCCAAAGUCAAAAAACUGAAUUACAAGAUAUGCUGCAAAAUAACAUUGAUAAAGAAAAUCAAAUAGACAAAUUACAAAAGGAAAUAAAAAAAUAUGAAAUUACUAUCGAAAGAAAGCAAACAAAACUUCUUGAAAUAAAUAAACUUAUUGAUAAGAUUUUGCCAGAUAUCGGCGGUGAAGAAUUAAGUCCACAGGAUUUAAAAAUUAAUAGUUUGGAAAAGAGUAUUCAAGAGCUUGAACAAAAUAUUCAGAAAUCACAGCAGUUUUGGCUCCGUCAACAAGGAUUUAUUGUUUCAUUAAGUGAACAGAGAGAAUCACAGUUACAACAAUUAAAUCUUCUUGAAAAAGAGAUUAUGAUAAUGAGACAAAAAAAUUUGAAAUUAAAUUAUGCACUAGAAAUUCUAGCAAAAGAAGAAACAAAUACAAAUAAAUCUAUAGCAUCUCUUAAUAAAAAGUUAUCAUUCAUGAAUGCUAAUUUAUCAAUGCAAAAAGAUCUGAAAAGGGAAUUGGAAAAUAAAAAUUGUAUAGUAACAAAUGAAUCCAUUCUAUCUUUCCAAGAAUUUGAAUUAGAACUUAUAAAAUUACGAAGCGAUUUAAAUAAUUUAAAUUCCGAAAAGAUCUCACUAAAAGAAGAAUUAGAGAAUGCAUUACAAGAAAGUUUAUCAUGGCAAAAGAAGGUACAAUUAAUGCAAGAAACAGUACAAAAAGUGAAAGAAGAGCAUAGUACUGGUGAUAUAGCAUUAAUGAAAAGUGAAAUUCAUAGAAUGGAAACAAGGCUUUCUUAUUUGAAAAAAAUUCAGGAAAAACUAAUUCAUGAUAUGGAUCUUUGUGUCACAAGAAGAGAUGUAAUGAUUGAUAAAGUACUUGGUAAACUUAAGAAAAAUCCCAAAGAAAAACAUAACAAGAAAGUCUCAAUAUAUAAACGUUUAUCUGGCCUGCAAGCAAAAAUCAGACAACUUUCAAAAGUUACGAAAGAAAUAGACAGUGUGGUAGAGAAAUUAAAAAACCAAAUAAAGAGUAUUCAAAGCCAAAUAGUCAACUGUCAAGAAUUUCUAGAAAAUUUAAAUGAACCUAUUCCUAAUAUAGAAAAUGAAAUUCGGCAUUUGGAAAAAAUGAAAUAUUAUAAUUUGCAUAGCUUGGUUCUUAAACAGAGAAAAGCAAAACAGUUAUAUGAUAUUAAAAAUGGUACAUAUAAAAUGAUGUUCAAAAAUGAAUGCAUAAUAGAAGAAAAUUUACGAAACGAACAUAUUAAUCGGGAAUAUUUAAAAUAUGUGUUGCAAAAAACUGAUCAUGACUUUCCAACGAUGAAAGACAAUAUAGGAAAAAUAUUAUUGACUCUGCAAAUUUUUUAGGAAAUCUAUGAACAUGCAAGAUAAGAUACAUAUAGAAUUUUUACGUUACCAUAUCAUGUACUUCAAAUUGUGUACAUA